AUGCUAUUGUUGUUUAACGCUGUAACCGAGAUUGUUAGUAGAAAAUAUGGUGGAAUUCACCGAAUCCUUUUUUCUGCACGCAUCUCCUGUUUAUUAUCUAUCUAUCUAUCUAUCUAUCUAUCUAUCUAUCUAUCUAUCUUAGUCUAUUAUCUAUCUAUCUAUCUAUCUAUCUAUCUAUCUAUCUAUCUAUCUAUCUAUCUAUCUAUUCAGUUAAUAUCUAUCUAUCUAUCUAUCUCCAGAUUCUUCUAUCUAUCUAUCUAUCUAUCUAUCUAUCUAUCUAUCUAUCUAAUUAUGUUCAUCAGGCCAGUUGCACGUCUUAAACGAUUAUCAGUCCAUUAUAAGGUUUAUAUAAUAAACUGGCUUCUUUCUUUCUUUUUUUUCUGUCUGUCUGUCUGUCUAUCUAUCUGUCUGUCUGUCUGUCUGUCUAUCUAUAAGUCUGUCUGUCUGUCGACCUGUCUCAUUCUACAUCUUUCUUUCUCUUUAUUUGUAACCCCAUCUCUAACUUUCUUCGCCAUCUAUCUAUCUAUCUAUCUAUCUAUCUAUCUAUCUAUCUAUCUAUCUAUCUGUGGCAGUUCAUCUCUAUCUCUUUUAGCCACCUUUCUAUCUCUCUAUUUGAAUGUCCAUCUCUAUCUCUCUUUUCCCCAUCUAUCUAUCUAUCUAUCUAUCUAUCUAUCUAUCUACCAGGAAUGUUGA